CCCUCCCUGAGUUUUCCAAUCCAUCAGUUGCACCAGCGCUCCUCCUAGCCCUAGCUAGCCUACCAGUGCGCGCAAGCUAGCUGUUUGGGGUUUUCAGCCGCCGCGCCAUGGCAUCGUCCUCCAAGCCGGCCUUGCUCCUCGUGGCCCUCAACCUGGUCCUCUUCACGGUGGCCAACGCCUGCGGCGGCGGCUGCCCGACGCCACCAACGCCACCAACUCCGACGCCGCCGUCACCUUCAACCGGCGGCAAGUGCCCCAAGCACGCGCUCAAGCUCGCGGCGUGCGCCAACGUGCUGGGCUUCGUCAGCGCCGAGGUCGGCCACCCGCCCGCCGAGCCUUGCUGCAGCAUCCUCGGCGGCCUCGCCGACCUGGAGGCCGCCGUCUGCCUCUGCACCGCCAUCAAGGCCAACGUGCUCGGGAUCACCGUAGACAUCCCUGUCAAGCUCAGCCUCAUUGUCAACUACUGUGGCAAGAACCUCCCCAGUGGCUUCAUAUGCGCCUGAUGAUAUUCUUCUCUGAUAGCGGAGCGGGAUGACGUACUUCACAUGCAUGCAGUGCUCUGCAUUGCAUUGGCUUUCUCCUACCGUUUUUCUUUUGUCUGCUUUUGCUUUGUCAUGUUGGUUCCAAAUGUACAACUACUCUAGACAAUCAGGUGUUGUGAGUCAAAUGUGUGUUUUACUACUGCCUUAAUUAUUUGCGUAUCUGUUUUUUUGGUUUUGAUUGAUCAUCAGUGCUUGUUUUUUUUUCCUUUUCUUUUUGACUGAAGCGUGCCUAUUAAAUAUGGAGAUUAUUUUCCAAGGUCUAGGCUAGGAACUGCAUGCAGUGCUAUUGGUGUAUAUGUUUCCUGUACAUUUGUCCGUUACUGCUUGUAACCCUCGAUUCCAAGGAAACUGUAUGACCUUGCUUUUAAUAUUUUUAAUAUUUA